UCUAUUUCGGCGUCGCGGUGCGAGUGGGAUCAAAAUGUUCUUAGUUGCGCGUAAAAAUAGUGCACGACGUCGAGGACGAGGACGGAAAAUGGGCCGUACGUACUCUCUGACACUUGUGCGUGUCUCUACGGUGAGGUGAAGUGAAGAUCUGAGCGGAGUCGGGCUGUGCAGUACCAUCAAACCGAUGCCGAUCGGGAACAUGUUCAACCCGGAAGACGUGCUCGGAGACAUCAUCAAGCUUAAGCUGAAGAAGCCCAAGAAUUGGAACUGGGAACUGACAACCUCGAAGUCAUCACCGCAUCUCUUCCUACCUGUCAUACAGUUGUACGAUGCAAAAGGAAAGCUUCUGGUAGAAGCCAAGGAUGACGGAAGUACGCAGAGGAAUAGUUGGAAUAAUGGUUGUCCUACCCAGAAGAACAGUCGUAGUGGUCCGCAGCGUAAUAGCUCUGAGAAGGAUGUGCGAAGUGCGAGGCCUAAGAAGUGCAAGAGGACUAGAAGUGCGAUGGUAGUGGAGGAGGCUUACAUGUACGCCCCUGAUGGGGUGAAGUAUCAAACGCGUACCUCCACCGCCGGGACGCUCAUUGUGCGUGAGGAUGGGAUGGUCUCGGGGAAGCGGCAGCGCCGACGCCACAGUUCCAAUAUCAAGGUCGAUGGGAAUGCCAACUACAUUGUGCAAGAACCCGAAGUUCAAGGAAACGAGAGGCCCAGAAGGAAAACGCGACGGAAGAGGGUCGAUGUUUCAUCUAGCAGCAGCAGCAGUGGGUGCAGCAUCCAAG